AUGCUCGUCGAUCUCACGUCGCCCGCGCCCGCGCGCGCGUCGGAAGGCGCGGACGACGACGCUCGAAGCGCGCGACGCGCGUCGGCGGCGACGCGGCGCGCGCGCGCGACGCGCGAGGGCGAGGAGGAGGACGACGACGUGGUGCUCGUCGAGGCGUCGAAGACGAAGCGGCGACGCGCGUCGCUGGACGUCGUCGUCACGGGAGAGGCGACGCGGACGCGAGCGACGAACGCGCGCGAGGUGGGGGGGGCGCGCGCGCGCGCGCGGGCGGCGGCGCGGGCGGCGGCGGUGCGAGGGACGACGACGACGACGAAGGCGGCGACGACGGCGAACGCGAACGGGAACGCGAACGCGCGAGGACGGUGCGCGGUGUGCCUGGACGAUUACGUGAACGCGACGACGACGAGGUGUGGACACGUGUUCUGCGCGCGGUGCGUGCGAGCGGCGAUCGAGCACAGCGGGACGUGCCCGACGUGUCGGAAAAAGGUGACGAGGGCGCAGUGUCAUCGCGUGUUUCUGUGA